CUUCCUCCUCCUCUUCAUCUUCUUCCUCCUCCUCCUCCCCAUCUUCUUCUUCCCCUUCCUUCCUCCUCCUUCCUGCUCUCUUCCUGGGCCAUGGACGAGCAGACGAGGAUGCUGCAGACCUUGGCGGGGGUGAACCUGGCGGGGCACCCGGUUCCCGGGGGAGGGAUGCCCUUGCCCCCCCCUCACGGGCACGAGGUCCCCGACGGCGGCGACGGGCGCAAGCAGGACAUCGGCGACAUCCUCCACCAGAUCAUGACCAUCACCGACCAGAGCCUGGACGAGGCGCAAGCAAAGAAGCAUGCACUCAAUUGCCACAGAAUGAAGCCGGCUUUGUUCAGCGUCCUUUGCGAAAUCAAAGAGAAAACAGGUCUCAGCAUCCGAGGCGCUCAAGAGGAAGACCCCCCUGACCCCCAACUAAUGCGGUUGGACAAUAUGCUUCUCGCAGAAGGGGUUUCAGGUCCUGAGAAAGGUGGCGGAUCAGCGGCGGCGGCAGCGGCAGCGGCAGCAUCCGGCGGAAGUUCAGAUAACUCCAUCGAACACUCAGAUUACAGGGCAAAAUUGACCCAGAUUCGGCAGAUCUAUCAUACGGAGCUGGAGAAAUACGAACAGGCCUGCAAUGAAUUCACCACACACGUGAUGAACCUUCUCAGAGAGCAAAGUCGGACACGGCCCAUUUCUCCAAAGGAGAUCGAGAGGAUGGUGGGCAUCAUCCAUCGGAAAUUCAGCUCCAUCCAGAUGCAGCUCAAACAAAGCACUUGUGAAGCAGUCAUGAUCUUGAGAUCGCGGUUCCUUGACGCCAGGCGGAAACGGCGCAACUUCAGCAAACAAGCCACAGAAAUCUUGAACGAAUAUUUUUACUCUCACCUCAGCAAUCCUUACCCUAGUGAAGAAGCCAAAGAAGAGCUGGCAAAGAAAUGCAGCAUCACAGUAUCACAGGUAUCUAACUGGUUUGGCAACAAGAGAAUCAGGUACAAGAAGAACAUAGGGAAAUUUCAGGAAGAAGCCAACCUCUACGCAGCAAAAACAGCGGUGACGGCCGCACACGCUGUAGCAGCAGCUGUCCAAAACAACCAGACAAACUCCCCCACUACGCCAAACUCUGGUUCUUCGGGUUCUUUUAACCUCCCUAAUUCUGGGGACAUGUUCAUGAACAUGCAGAGUCUGAAUGGGGAUUCUUACCAGGGGGCCCAAGUCGGAGCCAAUGUGCAAUCACAGGUGGAUACCCUGCGUCAUGUUAUCAAUCAGACGGGAGGCUACAGUGAUGGUUUGGGAGGAAAUUCGCUGUACAGUCCACAUAAUUUAAAUGCAAAUGGAGGCUGGCAAGAUGCGACCACUCCAUCUUCUGUGACCUCUCCAACAGAAGGCCCGGGAAGCGUGCAUUCAGACACCUCUAACUAACCCCUUCCUGACACUUUUUGUCUCAUUCUCCUGAAGCUGGGAGGCCUUUGUCUCGUGGGUUUGGAUUCCCCGAAGGAAAACAAGGAAACCAUGACAUAAAAUAAAGGAUUUUCUCUUCUUCUUUGUUUUGGAUAGCCUACCAUGGAUGGCUUUACUGUAAACCUUGUUGUACCAGAGAACUCGAUGACUCUGUUGCGUGUGUGUGUUCUUUUUUUUUUUUACAUAUAUAUAUAUUUUAUGUUAAAGAUCUCUUAAUCAUUUGUAUAUGUCCUUAAAUAUCACAAAGAGGCGCACACUCACACACAACGUUCAAGAAGAAUAAAACAACCAAGCACUUUAUCCAGCUAGGCCACAAUUUAACAUUGUUUGUAGCCCCAGAAGUAUUUGAUGAAGAAUAAGUUAUUAUCAACGGGCUUCAGAAGGAGGGCCAACAUGCCAUUGACUUCUUGGUUUCACAGAAGACGUCAUGGUAGGGUCCUCAUACCUAACUGAACCCCCAUUUCAAUUUGGAUUUCAGAACCCAAUCCGUUUUUUAAUUUUCCACAUCUCCUUUCUCCUCAUAUUGACAACCGUUGACUUUUCCAGGCUUCCAUGAUUCAUCAUUUGUUGGGAUCCACUGUCUUAUCAAAGCUACUUAGACCUAGGGUCCUCCAACUUUGAGUUUUGGACAUCAGCUCCCAGUAGCCUUGGCCAACCAUCAAUGAUGUUGGCCAACGCUACUGAGAACCAGGGUCUACAACUAUCUAGAGGUCCAAAGCCCAGAAUCUGUUAAUUCAGCAAUGUUCUUCUAGAACAUGGCCAUACAACCCGAAAAACCUACAACAACCCAAUUCAGCAGUGGUUCUCAACUGGUGGGUCCCCAGGUGGUAAACUGGGAAAUUCCAUCCAGUUUACCAGCUGUUAGGAUUUCUCGGAGUUGAAGGCCAACACAUCUAGGGACCCACAGGUUGAGAACCACUCAUUUAGGGCCUUUACAAAGAACAACUCUUGUACUCUUGUAUAAGUUGACCUCAUGUAUAAGUCAAUGACAGGUUUGGGAACUAAAAUCAUGGAUUUUGAUAAGAUUAGUGGACAAAUCGAGGGUUAUUCCAUAGAGAGGGAAAUGUUUUAGGAGCUCGGUUCUUCUGGACACUAAUUUUCAUGUCCAGGUAUUUACAGAGGCCAGAAAUGAUGCCAGAGAUAGUAGAGGAGGAUGCUGGAGAUAGUAGAGGUGGAGAUAGUAGAGGGGGUCAGUGCUUAUGGGAUUUUGGCCUGCAUCAAUAGAAGUCUAGUGCCUACAUCCAGGGAAGUCAUGCUCCCCCUCGAUUCUGCCUUGGUCAGACCACACCUGGAAUCACACCGUGUCCAAUUCUGGGUACCACGAUUGAAGGGAGAUGUUGACAAGCUGGAAUGUGUCCAGAGAAGGGUGACUCAAAUGAUCAAGGGUAUGGAGAACAAGCCCUAUGAGGAGCAGCUUCAAGAGCUUGGCAUGUUUAGCCUGCAGAAGAGAAGGCUGAGAGGAGAAACGAUGAGGGCCAGUUUUCCUGCUUCUUGGCAGAAUGUAGUUGGACUGGAUGGCCCAUGAGGUCUUUUCCAACCCUAUGAUUCUAUUUAGUUUCUUCUUGCCUUUGGCCAAUCAUCUCAGAAAAGAGACAGUUCAUUUUUAGAUAAACGUUCCUUGGUUCCUUUUUAGAUAAGAGUCAACAGUAUUCACUAUGACCCAUGGAUAAGUUGACCCUGUUGUUUUCAGUGGAAUUUUUGACAAAAAUCUCUAGACUUAUACAUGAGUAUAUAGCAGUGUUUCUCAACCUGUGGGUCACCAGAUGUUUUGGCCUUCAACUCCCAGAAAUCCGAGCCAGUUUACCAGCUGUUAGGAUUUCUGGGAGUUGAAGGCCAAAACAUCUGGGGACCCACAUGUUGAGAAACACUGGUAUGUGGGUGUUUUUGUUCCAUUUCUCCCUAUGUUGACAUUCAUUCUUAGAUUGGUGCCUCCACGCUUCCUUGAUUUGCUUUUUGUUGAGACCCAUUGUGGUUCUCCAACUUGGGUCUCUUAAGGGUUUUGGACUUGUGGUUCUCCAGCUUGGGUCUUCUAAGGGUUCCCUAACUUGGGUCUCCUAAGGGUGGUUCUCCAACUUAGGUCUCCUAAGGGUUUUGGACUUGUGGUUCUCCAGCUUGGGUCUCCUAAGGGUUUUGGACUUGUGGUUCUCCAGCUUGGGUCUCCUAAGGGUUCUCUAACUUGGGUCUCCUAAGGGUGGUUCACCAACUUGGGUCUCCUAAGGGUUUUGGAAUUGUGGUUCUCCAACUUGGGUCUUCUAAGGGUUUUGGACUUGUGGUUCUCCAGCUUGGGUCUCCUAAGGGUUUUGGACUUGUGGUUCUCCAACUUGGGUCUCCUAAGAGUUCUCCAACUUGGGUCUCCUAAGAGUUUUGGACCUGUGGUUCUCCAACUUGGGUCUCCUAAGGGUUUUGGACUUCAGUUCCCAGCGUUCCCAACUGUGUUGUCUGAGAUUCCAAAAUAUCUGAAGGACCAAAGCCUGGGGCCUUCAAAGGACUACUUCUUUCCUCCUCCUCUUUGCUUGAAUCCCAUCCUCCUUCUUGUCGGUCAUUGUUGGACAGAGAUGGUCCAUCGGAGGCAAAACAGCUUGCCACCCCCCAUUUGCAGAAAGCAACGAGACGGACCCGGCAAAAAUUGGGUGCCGUUCUUCCGAAUCUUGUACAUAGUGUAGCAAAAGAGUAUUUAUACAUCUCACCAAUCGAAACACAGCUUUAUUACCUCAUGCGAAACUCAUAACGAACCAAUAGAAACAUGUUCUUUAGCUUAGAGUGCUCACUACUACCUCUAAAUAAAAACCCAGCUCUUCCCAAACUUGGCAAGGCCAGACUCCAACUCCCAUCAUCCCUAGACAUGGAAGGGAUGGGAUUUGUAGUUGGCGUGUGCCGGGUUUGGAGAACGGCUGCUCUAAACAAUAUUCACACUGUAGUUUGUCUCUCUCUCUUUCUCUCUCUCUCUUUGAAAUAAAUUUUUUAACGAAAUCCCGAUUUUUCUUUCCCUCUUUUUGGCAUCUUGUAAUUAACUCUUUUGUCUCCCUUCAUGACAUGUAAUAUACAUUGUAAUCUUUGAAAUAUUAAAUAACGGCAGCCGCGGCGUUUUUAAUAAUAAUGGUAAAUAAUCAUCCGGGUUGCGUUGGCAACUUUUCGAGAGACAAUUUCGAAGAAAAAAAAACAUGAAAAGAAAAGAAAAAAAAGAAGAAGGCUUCGAAGCGGAAACAUGGGGUCUUUUGGGUUCGACACGGAACAGCAGCGAAAACUGUUUGUAAAUACAAAGAAAACAUUUUGAAUGUUCUUCAUCUUGUUCCUAUACUGAUUUCACGCAAAAGAAAAAGAGAAAAAAAAUCAAACCAAUAACGGAUUGUAAAACAGAGAAGUCUCAGUAUUCAGUACUGUAUAUUUCACCCUUGUAUAAUUGGGGGGCGGGCGGGGCGGGGAUCCUAAUUUUUCUUUUUCGGUUCCUUUUUUCUUUCCUUUUUCCUUCUCUCUUUUUAUAUUGUAUGCGAUUCUGAAACUGAUUGACUCAAUGAAAAAAAAGAAAAAGAAAGAAUAAUAAUAAUUUGUGGCCGUGAUUCUAAUGUAUUAAACCGUUUCGUGUUACUUUCUUAACUGGAUUACACCCCCGAAUUGAAGAGUCUUCCUCGUGGUAGUUCAAUGUAGUUUCGAAUCAUGAAUAAAAUUUUUUUUGCUUUCAUGACCCAAAA